AUGUACGUGGGCGCAGAGCUGUAUCUUGCAUCCCACCCACUCCUGCUGCAGGUCACCCCAAAGAGGACGUUCCCCCAGAGAUGCACCAGCACCCUGAGAACAGCUCGCACCACCUUCCCCACUCCCGUGGGCUCAGUCCAUUUCGAGUACAGCAGCAGCAUCUGGCAGGGGGAUGAUGGGACGGCCCCGCUGAACUCUGCCAACUUCACUGCUUCCCUGGGGCCGGGCAUGGACAGCGACUUCGGAGCCAGUGCCGGGAUCUCGCUGCGGGUCGUGUCAUCGGACAGUGAGGAGGGUGCUGGCGAAGCGGGGGGCUGCUCCCGGGCCUCUUACCUGCAGCAAACAGUACUGGCUGUAGCCGUGUGUAGAGCAUGGAUGCUCGACCGAGCCUCUGGGAUGGCAGCGUGGCCACACCAUCAGGUAGUCAGCCGCCUCCACGAAGCGCUGGCCUGGAGACUAGAGGAUCUUGGUUUUACUGUGUAAUUUAUUUGACUGUA